AUGCCGCUCACCAGAGCACUUUCGGCACGUUUGCGAACGCGCUCACAACGACAGUCGGCGCCAAGCGCGAUGGAUCAAUCAGCCAACGACGACGUCAUGGCGCUCAAGUCGCAGGCAAAGCUCGCCUCAUCUAGCAGCACGAGUCUGGGCAGCGCGACUGGUGCUCUUGUGGCUGGCGCCCUUGGUCAACUCAACGUUCAACAAUCCGCCAGCAAGCGCACAUCUUGUUGCUCCACCGCUUCGACCCCGACUCUGGCUUCUACCGAUUCGACGCCGUCCAGACCGCGAUACGUGCGAGGAGGUAGCAGCCGAUUCUCGUCUCGGUCGUCCACCUCAUCGCGACGCUCGAUUCUGGGCAGCUCUGAUCUGGGCGAUUCUUCCGACGAUGAGAACGACGGAUCCAGCCGUUCGCGUAGAAUAGGGGGAUGCUCUUCCAUUUCUUCAACCGCUGAUCGACCCGACGACAGCAACAAGGAGAACAUCGCUCCCUUUCGCUGUGCCUCACAAGACGUGCUGGACAGCGAAGCUCGUGAUGCGCAGCAAGAAGAUGCGAUUCGUCGUACCACCUCCACCACCUCGUCUCGACGUAGCAGUCUCAUGGAGCGACAGACUUUCACAGCACCUCGUCGCCUCAGCCGUAGCUCUACCACCUCGGACCUCUCCGCAUCUUCAGCUUGCCUCAAGAUUGUCGGCUCUGCGCAACAAGACUAG